GCGGGCUGCGGGGCGGGCGGGGCGGCUCGGCCAUGGCGGCGCGGGGAAGCUGCCCCGCCUGCGGGUCGGCGGCGCUGGUGGAGGACGCGCAUUACGCGCAGCAGCAGCUGGUCUGCGCCGCCUGCGGCUGCGUCCUGGCUGAGGGGCUGCUCACCACCACCUACACCGAGGAGGAGCACCUGCGAGAGGUGGCGUAUUCCCAGAGCACCGGCCAGAAGGAGCAGCUGAGCCGCUGCCUGCAGCGAGGGAUCAAGCGGGUCCAGGAUCUCUGUAAAGUCCUCCAGCUCCCAACGGUGUUUGAGGAAACGGCAGUGUCAUACUUCCAGAGAGCUCUCCAGCACCCCUCCUUCCACCUGGUCAGUCUGGAGAAGAAGGAGCUCCUGGGGGGCUGCUGCGUCUUUGUGACUUGUCGACAGCACAACUGGCCCUUGAUGAUGGGGACAAUCUGCUCUCUCCUUUAUGCGAAGCAGGAGCUGUUUGCCAGUGUCUACCUGAGCCUUCAGAAAGAGCUUGGGCUGUCUGUGCCAGCCCUGAGCCUGGCAGACCUGGUGAAGACACACCUGAACAGCUUUCGGCUGUUCCAGCACGCGACCGACAUCCCUGCCCCGUUUGUGGAAGACAAGGAGACGAUGGUCACCCGCACAAUGCAGAUUGUGGAGCUGGCCAGCGAGACGUGGCUGGUCACCGGCCGGCACCCUGUUCCCAUCGUCAUGGCUGCGGCUUUCCUGUCGUGGCAGUCACUGCAGCCUGCCGCCCGCCUUGCCUGCACCUUCGCAAGGUUCUGCAAGCUGGCGGGCGUUGAUCUGCCGCCACCGGCGCACCUGCGGCUGAAGGAGCUUCUCGACAUCCUCCUGAGAAUGGCCUCCCAGCUCGCCUGGCUGAGGAUGUUUAACAUGGACAAGAAAACUGUGGUCAAGCACAUUGGGGACCUGCUGCAACACCGAAUUUUCCUGCUGAAAAAUGCCUUCUCCCUGGAGGACGAGGAGCAGCAUGCCUCAGACCCAGGCAAGGGGUCCCUGGGCGAGGGGUCCCUGGGCAAGGGGACCGCCGGCUCUCCUGCAGCAGCAGGCGGGGCAGUGCAGGAGGAGGGCUGUCCCUUGGAAAGGAAACGCCAGUGUGAGGGCAGCCCGAGGCCUUUGCUGCCGCCCUGCCUUAUCAAUCCAAGGAAGAGACUGCGGACGGCAGCCCUGAGCGCUUCAGACUCUGCCAUCACUGGCGACGAGCCCAUCUCCGACAGCGAAAUCGAGCAGUACCUGCGGGGCCCGGAGGAGAUCCGGGCCUUCAGGAAGGCCAAGGCCUGGCUGUGAAGAUGCUCGUCUCUGGCGCCUUGCAAAGGACGGUGCUGCCAAAGACACCAGGGCUGCAGGGACUGUGGGACCAAAAGUGUGAAACCCCUCGGUGACAGAGCCAUGACACUGCAGGGACAGUUGCCCACAGGAGCAGGGUUGUGGCGGGGGAGCGGGCUAUGUCCUCUUUCAUGUUCUGGACCAAAAUGGGGCUUUUUGUGGUGUUUUGGGUUGUGUUACGCUUCUGUUAGAAAUGAAAGCACCCGUGCCAGG